UUAUUUGUAACCAGACUCUCUGAAGUGACGUUGGAGGACGUGAUUGGUGGGCGGUUCUGGUAUAUAUCCGUCCGGCUUCAAUCCCACCUUCUCGCCAGUGGAAUUUCAUCUCAGCUUCUGCACCUUCAGGGCAGACGAGAACAUAAAAAUAAGCAAAAGCUGGCAGGCUGACGGGAACUUUCAUCUUUACAGGACGGAUUAUCUGGUAACUGACCAUUUAGCUGUGGCACACUCGGACUCUGUGUUAACGUGGGAUUUCGACCAUGAGCUCAGUCGCUGUACUUACGCAGGAAACCUUCAAUGCGCACCGCAGUGGGCUUUUGCCAGAGCAGGGUGGUGCUGCUGUGGCAGGACCCAGUGCUGGAGAGGAUGAGGAAGCCCUUCCUACCUACAAGGAUGCCUUCCCACCUCUCCCCGAGAAGGCGUCCCAACCUGAGGGGACCCAGGAAACUUCCAGCGCCUGGGCAUCAAAGAUCCGUCCUCUCAAGUCUUCGAUUAUCACCCAGGUUUUCCAUGUGCCGUUGGAGGAGCGCAAGUACAAGGACAUCAACCAGUUUGGGGAAGGAGACCAAGCAAAGGUUUGCGUAGACAUCAUGCAUAAGACCGGAGCCCACCUGGAACUCUCCUUAGCAAAAGAUCAGGGUCUCUCGAUCAUGGUGUCUGGAAAGUUGGAUGCCGUGAUGAAGGCCCGUAAGGAGAUUGUGUCCCGACUGCAGACUCAGGCUUCAGCUAGUGUUGGCAUCCCCAAGGAGCACCAUCGUUUUGUCAUUGGCAAAAACGGGGAGAAGCUUCAGGAGCUGGAGCUCAAGACUGCCACCAAAAUCCAGAUCCCACGACCUGACGACCCCAGCAACCAGAUCAAGAUCUCUGGUACCAAGGAGGGGCUGGAGAAGGCAAAGCAUGAGAUCCUGUUGAUCUCUGCUGAGCAGGACAAGCGUGCUGUGGAGAGGGUGAACAUUGAAAAAGUGUACCACCCAUUCAUCACCGGUGCCUACAAUAAGCUAGUGGGCGAGAUGAUGCAAGAGACUGGUGCCCGCAUCAAUGUCCCCCCUCAGAGUGUGAAUAAGACUGAGAUCGUCAUCACUGGGGAAAAGGAGCAGGUGGCCCUUGCUGUGACUAAGAUCAAGAAGGUUUAUGAAGACAAGAAAAAGAACACCACCACUAUUGCGGUGGAGGUGAAGAAGUCUCAGCACAAAUAUGUGAUCGGCCCCAAGGGAAACACCCUGCAGGAGAUUCUGGAUAAAACUGGCGUCUCAGUUGAGAUCCCACCUUCUGACAGCAGCUCAGAAACUGUCAUCCUUCGUGGAGAGCCCGACCGUCUGGGUCAGGCUCUCACUGAAGUUUAUGCCAAGGCAAACAGUUACACUGUUUCCUCGGUCUCAGCUCCUUCUUGGCUUCAUCGUUUCAUUAUUGGGAAGAAGGGCCAGAACUUGGCAAAGAUCACUCAACAAAUGCCCAAGGUGCACAUUGAGUUCACUGAGGGAGAAGACAAGAUCACCCUGGAGGGUCCUACCAAAGAUGUGCAAAUGGCGCAAGGCCAGAUUGAAGCCAUGGUUACAGAUUUGGUAAGCCGAAUGGACUAUGCAGAGAUUAGUGUGGAUCCCAAAUUCCACCGUCACCUGAUUGGAAAAGGAGGUGUUAAUAUCAACCGGAUCAAAGAGGUGCACAAGGUGACUGUCCGCAUCCCCCCUGAUAAUGAAAAGAGCAACCUGAUCCGCAUUGAGGGGGAUCCCCAGGGUGUGCAGGAAGCCAAGAAGGAGCUGCUAGAGCUUGCGUCACGCAUGGAGAACGAGCGUACAAAGGACUUGAUCAUCGAACAACGUUUUCACAGGGCCAUCAUUGGCCAAAAAGGGGAGAAGAUUAAGGAAGUGCGGGACAAAUUCCCAGAGGUCAUCAUUAACUUCCCUGACCCAGCACAGAAAAGUGACAUUGUUCAACUUCGGGGCCCAAGAACUGAAGUAGAAAAAUGUUCAAAGUUUAUGAGCAAGAUAGUGGCUGAAAUGGUGGAGAACAGCUAUUCUGUCUCAGUCCCCAUCUUCAAGCAGUUCCACAGAAACAUCAUUGGAAAAGGAGGGUCAAACAUCAAGAAGAUUCGAGAGGAAACUAACACCAAAAUUGAUCUGCCUGCUGAGAACAGCAAUUCAGAGAUGAUUGUCAUCACUGGGAAGAAGGCAAACUGUGAAGCAGCACGGACUCGGAUCUUGGCCAUUCAGAAGGAUCUGGCGAACAUCUCAGAAGUGGAUGUGUCCAUUCCCUCGAAGCUGCACAACUCCUUGAUUGGUUCGAAGGGACGUUUGGUGCGAUCCAUCAUGGAGGAGUGUGGCGGUGUGCACAUUCACUUUCCCACAGAGGGCUCAGGGAUUGAUAAGGUCACCAUCAGAGGCCCUGCAGAGGAGGUGGCGAAGGCUAAGCAGCAGCUGCUUGCCUUGGCGGAGGAGAAGCAAACAAAGAGUCACACUGUUGAGCUGCAUGCAAAACCAGAGUACCACAAAUUCCUUAUUGGGAAAGGUGGUGGAAACAUCCGUAAGGUUCGUGACAGCACCGGCGCCAGAAUCAUCUUCCCCACCCCUGAGGACAAAGACCAGGAACUCAUCACUGUGGUUGGCACCGAGGAAGCGGUGCGGGAUGCACAGAAAGAGCUGGAGGAACUCAUCAAGAGCUUGGACAAUGUUGUUGAGGACACUAUGAACGUUGACCCCAAGCACCAUCGCUACUUUGUAGCCCGCCGCGGCCAAGUCCUUAGGGACCUUGCUGAUGAGUAUGGUGGGGUUAUGGUGAGCUUCCCCCGCACAGGUUCUCAGAGUGAUAAAGUUACCCUUAAAGGAGCCAAAGAGUGUGUGGAAGCUGCCAAAAAACGCAUGCAGGAGAUCGUGGAGGACUUGGAUGCUCAAGUGACUAUGGAGUGUGUAAUUACUCAGAAGUUCCACCGUUCAAUCAUGGGUCCUAAGGGCUCACGGAUCCAGCAGAUCACUAGAGAUCACAACGUGCAGAUCAAGUUCCCAGAACGCGAGGACCCACAAGCUGCACCUCCUGCAGAGGCUCCUGUCCAGGAGAAUGGAGAAGCUGAGGGUGAAGUGAAGGAGCCAGUUGAUCCCAACGCACCCAAGAAGUGCGAUGUGAUUAUAAUUUCUGGACGCAAAGAGCGGUGCGAGGCUGCCAUCGAAGCACUGAAGGCCCUGGUUCCUGUCACUAUUGAGGUGGAAGUGCCUUUUGAGCUUCAUCGCUACAUCAUUGGACAGAAAGGAAGUGGAAUUCGCAAGAUGAUGGAGGAUUUUGAGGUUAAUAUUCAAGUGCCUGCUCCUGAGCAGCAGUCUGAUAAAAUCGCCAUCACCGGCUUGGCCAGUCUUCUCGACCGUGCCAAAGAGGGCCUCCUGGAGCGCGUCAAAGAGCUGCAGGCCGAGCAGGAGGAUCGGGCACUCAGGAGCUUCAAGCUGACCAUCACUGUGGACCCCAAGUAUCACCCCAAGAUAAUCGGCCGCAAGGGUGCUAUUAUUACAACCAUCCGCACUGAGCAUGAUGUUAACAUCCAGUUCCCAGAGAAGAAUGAUGAAAACCAGGAUCAGAUUACUAUUACAGGGUAUGAGCACAAAGCCAUAGCUGCACGAGAUGCCAUCCAGGCCAUCGUGGAUGAGCUGGAAGAGAUGAUCUCUGAGGACAUUACCCUGGACAGCAGGGUCCAUGCCCGCAUCAUUGGCGCCCGUGGCAAGGGCAUUCGCAAGAUCAUGGAGGAGUUUAAGGUUGAUCUCAGGUUUCCCCAGAGUGGAGCUGCAGACCCGAACCUCGUGACAGUCACCGGUCGCCCUGAGCUUGUGGAUGAAGCCAUCGACCAUCUCCUCAACCUGGAAGAGGAAUACAUGGCAGAUGUUGUGGAAAAUGAGGCAAAGAUGGCUUAUAUGAGGCCUUCUGGCAGUAGCGCUGCUGCCGCGGACGAACAGCGUGGCCCAUCCAAAGGCUUCGUGGUGAGGGAGGCUCCCUGGGCUACUGCCAAUGAGAAGGCCCCUGAUAUGAGCAGCUCUGAAGAUUUCCCAAGCUUUGGAGCCCCGGUGGCAACCAAGGCCUCACCCUGGGGACCAAAGCGCUUCUAAGCCGUGCUGCUACAGACGGGCCUGAAAUUAACCAACACAAUCUACCCCGUUAUUCUCCCCAACCCCCUCUUGACCUGGACUGACCGCUGACCCUAAAAGUCUUCAGUUCUGAGACUGUCAUCCUUCUGUCUACUUAUCUCGGUCUAGCCUCGCAGAUUCAGUCUAAAAGUGUUCUAAGAUACUGUAAUUGACUUGUGAGCUCUGUUUCUGCAUUAAAUACUGUCUUAUGCUUAAAAAAAAAAAAAAAAAGGAAAAAAAAAGACCAUUGUUACGGUGACGUCUACAGUCUGUAAAAGACCGAUGUUUAAAUGUUGAUUAGACAAGACAUUUCAUUGUGGUUUGAACUGUUAUACCAAAUUCAGUGGUGGCCAGACAUGAGGUUCUUUUUAUUUUAUUUUUUAAUUUUUUUUGAGCUGCCCUUAUCUUAGUUGCCUUCGCAGGGUGGGGUGAAGCAAUUGAAUUGCUGCUGGUGACCUAUUCAGACAUGAAGCCUGACCAACGAGGCCAGCUGUUUCAGUAUCCCACCCCUCUCCUGCCUUAUUCAUGUAGCUGCGUGAAAAUUGUCAGUCAUUAGCCCUCAAGCACACUCUAGUGGUUGUCCUCCGUCACGUCGUUCCAUUUGCUUGUAACUGUGCUUCUGUGUAUAUGGUCAAGUAGUGGCACGUACCUUGUAGCCUUAUGAAUUGGUAAACUUUACAAAGGGGGUGUGGGAGGGGAGGAAGGGUGGGGAAGGGGGCGGGGGGUGGUUUUAGCCAGUGCAGAAUGGCACCUACUCAAACUGCCAGAUGCUUGGAGAUCAUGCCAGAACUAAACCUCUUGCAACACUAGGCCUAGAGCUCCAACGUAUCCAACCUCACACUAACUGUUGGACCUAUAUAUAUAUAUAUUUUUUCUUUUCUUUUUUUUUUUUUUUUUUUUUUUUGACAUUCAAAAGUAAGUCACUCUACAAAAUAAAAUGACUGUGUGUUUGUGAUCAAAACAGCAGACCAUCGUGUGCCAACUACCUGUCUAGUGAUGUCCUGUGUUACUCAUCCUCUGUAUUGGGUCAGUGUCCAGUCCUUUUGUCUUCCAGUUGCUAUGCAGAUUGCUCUGUUAAAUAGCAAUGGCCCUUUUUAUUUUUAAUCAGCCUUACAACUAGAAAGAUACAAACCAGGUAGAGAUGAUGUUGAGGUGCAUUUUUAAUGGACAACUGGAAGGUAUGUCUAUUGUUUCCUCAAACUCUCGGGACAGUCCCCCCCCCCCCCCCCCCCCCCCCUCCGCCUCUCCUCCUCAGUUACUAGUUUACUUUGCUCGAGUGCAGAUUUAGCUUGUCAGCUGCUAAUUCAGCAUCUAGCAUCAGCCUACCUUGGUUUCUAUCCUCCUAGUAUUGAAUGAAAGAUUAUGCAAAUACCAUUGAAGUGAACGGUUAUGGAUGACACUGGAAAAGAAAUUGUCCAAAAAAGUCAAUAAAAAUUGAAAAUGCUC